AUGAGUUCACAGUUCAGAAAUGAUGCAGCUAUCAAUGUAAUCCGUGGCUGGUCUGUUGACAGAGUCCAUGUUUAUGUGGACAAGAAAGAAGCACUUCAGGCAGCGAAAACUAUGAGAGGUUCACGAUUUAAAGCAUUCUCCAGUCGAGAAGCUGCAGAGAAGUUCGCUAAAGGCAUAUGCGAUUGUCUGUCUCCAGCCAAGUCUACAUUGUGUACAUCCCCAGUUAAAACUGGCCAAGUGUUUCUCAAAGGGACUGUUUUUUUUGUUAGUGUGUGCAAGAUGGUGGUUGUGCUUUUGGUAGCUGAGGCAGGAAGGCAGCUGAGUUAUGGCGCAAACCAUAUCUACAUAGGAUGGGAGUUCGUGUCAGUGGUUUUCUUAGGGGUGAUCAUCCAUGUCCUGUUUGGACACUGUUAUACUUGGAUCUUUGCUACGAGGCAGAAUUCUGUGGAGCGUGCAGAUGAAACCAUUUUGCCAGAAAACAUAACCUCCCUAGAAGGUGAUGCAAUCAAUAGGGAACGUGCCAACAGUUUCAAGAGCCCUCGCACACAGGACCUUACAGCCAAACUUCGGAAAUGCGUGGAGCAAGGAGAUGAAACUGUAUUUCUGGAGCUGGUGCACAGUAACCCUCGAUAUCUGAUUGGCUCUGGAGACAACCCAACUGUUGUUCAAGAGGGAUGCCGCUACAAUGUAAUGCACGUUGCUGCUAAGGAAAAUCAGCCACGUAUUUGCCAGUUGCUUCUAGACACCUUGGAGAAUCCUGAGUACAUGCGUCUCAUGUACCCUGAUGAUGAUGAAACUAUGUUGCAGAAACGUAUCCAGUACAUUGUGGACCUUUACCUCAACACACCUGAUAAAGUGAAGUUAGGAUGUACAGUAGUCUGGAAGAUCUGUUCUGCUUAUGAAGUUGCACAUCUAGCACAACUGUUUUGA